CACACGGUGUGUCAUCUGGCAGCUGUGCAUAUCACAGGGAACGCAGCGACCACGGCUGCUGAGCAAAGCUGCUUCACUGGAUAGUCAGAGAUACUUGGAGGGGAGAAAGCAAUGGGAAAGGCAGCUCUUGCUUUUUUGAUUCUGAAAAGCUCUGAAAACUCUUGGGAAACAGAAACCUGAUGGAUGAAGGACUGUGUGGAGAACCAAUAAAGCAGAUUUCCAAGGAUAAGUUGCAGAUAGAAGAACAAUGUUCAAAAGGAAAUAUUCAGUAGGAUUUCUUCAUUGGUGCAGAGGGAAAGUGUUUGGGGAUCUCUGACAUUUCAGCCUCCGAAUCAGCUUCCGUGUAGGGGACAUGUGGGACUUCAAAAGGACAGCAGAAGGAGAGCCCCUAGGGCAAAGCUGACGUGUCCUCAGCACAGGGAGAAGGACCCGAUUAUCAAUUCUUUUCUCUGGUUUGCAACCACGGGGCAGAUUUUCAAAAGGCAAGUGUUCCCUCCUGCCACCACCAGCUUCAGCAGCUGAGCUGGCAGAAGGCGCAGAGGAGCGUGACCAGUGCCGGGGCUCUGCUGCCCCAGCCAUGAGCCGGCACACCUGGUUCCCCCUGCAGUACCUCCCCAAGCCCUUCUGGAGGGCGGAGAACAACAGCACAGCCAGCUUCUUCUCUGCACUGUAUGGCUUCCCUAACCAAUCCUUCUUGCACAAUGACUUGGACCUGGAGGACCUGGGCGACUUUGACAGUGGGGUCAAGUAUGAGGGCGAGUCCCAGAGCCGGAUGGUGAAGGCACUGCUGAUCAUCGCCUACUCUGUGAUCAUCUGCAUCUCGCUCUUCGGCAACAUCCUGGUGUGCCACGUGGUGAUCAAGAACAAGAGGAUGCACUCUGCCACCAGCCUCUUCAUCGUCAACCUCGCCAUUGCCGAUGUGAUGAUCACCAUCCUGAACACCCCCUUCACUCUGGUGCGGUUUGUGAGCAGCACCUGGGUUUUUGGAAAGCUGAUGUGUCACAUCAGCCGGUUUGUUCAGUACUGCUCCGUCCACGUGUCUGUGCUGACCCUUGCUGCCAUCGCUCUGGACCGGCACCAGGUGAUCAUGCACCCUCUCAAGCCACGCAUGUCCAUGGUGAAAGGAGGGAUUUGCAUCAUCAUCAUCUGGGUUAUGGCCAGCUGCUUCUCGCUGCCUCACGCCAUUUAUCAGACUCUGACAAGGUUUUAUAUUGGAAACAGAACCAUCCGAAUGGUUUGCCUCCCCAGCUUCCCUCCUCCUGCUGACCUUUUCUGGAAGUAUUUGGACUUGACUACGUUUGUUCUCUUGUAUGUCCUGCCCUUGCUUGUGAUCUCCAUCACAUACACCAUGGUGGCCAAGAAGCUCUGGCUGAGGAAUGCCAUUGGGGACCUCACCAUGGAGCAAUACUACGCUCAUCAGCGAAAGAAGAAGAUGACGCUGAAGAUGCUGAUGGUGGUGGUGGUUGUGUUUGCUGUGUGCUGGUUCCCCCUGAACUGCUACGUGGUGCUGAUCUCCUGCAGGGCCAUCCACAGCAGCAACGCUCUGUACUUCGCUUUUCACUGGUUUGCCAUGAGCAGCACCUGCUACAACCCCUUCAUCUACUGCUGGCUGAACGAGAGCUUCCGCGCGGAGCUCCGGGCGCUGCUGUGCGUGUGCCGGCGCAGGGCCACGGCCCAGGGCCACGCUCUGCAGUCCAUCUCCCCCCCGUUCCAGCACGCCUGGGCUGAGAACUGCCGGGACAAAAGAGGCAGUGCCUGUCAGAAGGCACAGACACCCUCUCAGAGGAACUCUGCAAAGACAGACAUAUCCAGUGUGCAGCCAAUUGUGGCAGAAAGCUGAAGCCCUCACCUGACAGCUGGGCAGCAUCAUGUUGUGAUUGCAGAAUCAUGGGGAAAAUAGAGUUGGAAAGUUCUGUGGAGACCAUCUAGUCAGCCUUCCACAGCCUUCCUGUGCCAGAAGGCACAGAAACUUCAACCUUUGACUGGGUCAUUCAGGACCUCAUCCUGUCAGGUGUCAAAAUUCUCCAGGGAUGAACUGCCCAGUGUGGGCUUCAGAAUGAGGGUUGUCAAAUAUAUUUUUCAGUGGAACAGUCAGAAAAAAAUUAAGAGACUUCUUUAACAGUACACAAAGCCUUUCAUGAUCUAAGCAAACAUGAGGAAGCCACACUGGUUAUAUACACACCAGCUGUGCCCACAGUGGUUUGGCCGUUUGGGCUUUAACUUCAUUAAUUGACAUUUCUUAACAUAAAAUCUAAUUUUUUUCACUUUCAAUAAUACUUUAUCUUUUAUCAGUCCUCAAGAACUGCAUCCUUAGUGGCUUCCCUGCCAGCCUGGCAGCCCUUCCCUGUCAGGUCAGUCUGUCUGUCUGUCCUGGAGUUAUCCCAUGGGCAGCAGCGGCAACCACUCGGCACCUGUGGAACUUGGGACCCGUCUUUGUCUGAGAUAGAACCAAUGUUGUGCUGAAACAGAGCUGCAGGUUUUCAACCCAAAAGGUAGGAAACAGGAGAAGUUGGCCCUGGAUGAGAGAGCUCCUUUGUAAGCCUUCAUGUACUCCCCACUCAGUAAAACUGAGCAUCUCAAAGUGCCACAGCCCCCUGUGUUCCGCUGCUGGAGUGGUGAUGGAGCGCUGCCAGCAGCGCUGCUCCUGGUCCGAGUGGUGCCUCCUGAACCUAAGGGACAGCUGGAAUCCCUGGGGAUGUGAGUGCCAGGACAGUGGGUGCUGGCAGCUGCUGCUCUGGGGGCUCUGCAGAGCCAGCCCCUGUGUUUCAGAGCAGGGUUUGGGUCACAGGUGAGAGAGACUCAGUGGGAACACGUGGCCAACUUCAACCUAUGGCUGUGAAAAUCCACCAAGGUUGUGUUUUUCUCUUUCUCAGAAAGAAUAACCAGUUUCUUUGUGUCCAUUCAGUCCUGGCUUGGCCUUUGUGAUGGCAAAGGAUUGAGCUUCAAAAGACGGUGAAAAGGAAAUUAGCUUCAUCCUUCCUAUGCAAAAUAAUCCAAACUACAUGUCUACAGCUGGGCAUUUCCAUCCAGACUGGCACUGUGCCAUAGCUGCAGACUUGGGUGAAAGGCUGCUUAAAUUUGAAAAUCAAGAUGUUUUGAUGGGUGAAAGAAUAUGUGACCUGAGAAUGUAUUGGCAUUUCAAAAAGAAACUGUGAAGCUGAGGAAAGAAUAAGAGCAACAAGAAUCUUUCUUCUUCCUAAGCUAAUUGUGGGAAGGGAAAGGACAACAGCAGCUGGGACAGAGACAGGGACCUGGUGUGGCUCAGGACACUGCAAACCCCAGUGGCAUUGCCAGCACUAAAGGCUUCAGGUCAGGGCUCCCAUAUUAGGCACAGUGCUCACUUGUCCUCUUCAUCUGCAGGAAUUAGUCUGCAGAAGAUGUGCCUAGAGGGGAGGAAAUGGAAUUAGAAAAGUCCCUUCAGAGAACAAGCACUCAAGGCUCGGGUGUCAGCUGGAAUUCACCUGCAGAAAAUGUGUUUUACAGAUUUUUCCCUGUGGGCUUCACUGUGUGAGCCUUCACUUUGGUUCUGCUGGAGUGGAAUCCUUCCUGGAGCUGCCACCACAGAGGCAGCACCGGAGCCUUUCAUUUUGCGUUACAAGUAAAUUACAGCAUAAACCAUAUAUUACUACUAAGUUUGGUGUUCUGCUUUCUGGAAAACUGGGAAUUCAUGCCACUGCAAAUGGCAGUUCCCUAAUGUCACUAUCUGGAGGUUUUUGCAAACAAGAUGUCUCUUGUUAAGAAAUCAAACCAAUCACAAACCCAAAGAAAUAUUGUUAUGGUGAGUAACUUAGUAAAACUUCUUCUCAUUCCAAUGUUCUUCUCUUUACAUUGGAAAAAAUCAAUGAGAUUAAAUAAUGCAGUAUGCGCCCCUAGAGAACUGCCAAACUCAUUACUCUGGGAUAAAUCAGGCAGAGUCUAU